UCCAACAGCCCUCAUACACUCGUCUCAAUGUGAAUACCUAGACAAGCCAAGUGACGAUGGCAACGCCUCGAAGCUGAUAGAGCAGCUCAGCCCAGGGGACAUUAGGCCACCAGAUACUUGAUUCCCCUCCCGAUGUCCGCCUUCCGGCCCUUUUCCUUCUUCACCCGGCGGAACCUGGGCCACCCUUUCCAGAGUCUCGUGAGCACGGCCAAAUACCUGGCCGCGGCGCACCUGUUCUGGGAGUACGGGUACAGCAUCGGGCCGGCGCAGGGCCCGUCGAUGCUGCCGACCUUUGAGAUCACCGACGAGUGGCUCCUCAUCUCCAAGCGGCACCGCCACGGCCGCGACGUCGCCGUCGGCGACCUCGUCGUCUACAAGAUCCCCAUCUUCCCGGACAGCGACGGCAUCAAGCGCGUGUUGGGCCUACCGGGGGACUAUGUGAUGAUCGACUCGCCCGAAAGCGGGAGCGAGGCUAUGAUCCAGGUCCCCAAAGGUCACUGCUGGGUCGUCGGCGACAAUCUGCCUGCUUCCAGAGACUCGAGGCAAUUCGGACCCGUCCCAAUGGCUCUGGUCAGGGGCAAGGUCAUCGCAAGGGCAUGGCCACCCUGGGAAUUCAAGUGGAUAGAGAACCCUCUCCAGAGUCCCGACACGUCCUCCGAGGCUUAAGAGGCGUCACCCAGGCAGGACAUGAACCCCAGGGCAGUUAGCAAGCCACCCGCCAUGCCCUCGGGGGGAACGAGUCUAGGUAAAGGCCGCUUCUAAUAAUAGGCAACCCGGCCAGGUCACCUGAGAACGACAGGCUGAAAACGACGUUGGGGGGUGGAAAACGCGGAAGCGAAAACGCAAGAGGAGACGGUUGUGGAGCGAUCAUCGCCAUGCGAAAGGCCUGGUGUCAAGGUACAAAGGAAAUACUAGAUAGAGCCUGCAGGCAGAGUGGACGGGUUCAUCCCGAUAAUGCGAGCCGUCAAAAAGAAGCUCGCCACUUAUGAAUCCCUCCGAAAUGCACACAACCGAAAAUACAAUGGAACUCUCCAACUUUCAGGAGUUGCCGUUCCGUAUACCUCAU